AUGAUAUUUAUCGAUAUUGAUCGACAAUUAAAAUUUCCAAUGAUAAGAUUGUUUCUGAUAAUUUAUCUUAUUGUUGGUAUAAAAAGUAAUUCAUUUCUAACAUUGGAAUCAACGAUUAUUUCUCAUGGUGGACAAGUUAUACGAAUAACCGAUUCAAAAUAUAAAGAAGCAGCUACACUUUGGAAUCCAGCCAUACAAAUUUGGCCUAGUCUCAUAUUACGACCAUCAACUUAUGAUGAUGUAUCAUUAACACUUUCAACUCUUUAUUCUUCUAAAGUACCUAUUCGUAUAAUGGGUGGUAGACAUAGUUAUGGGGGAUAUUGUAGUCACCAAGGUGUUGUUCUCGAUUCUGCACUUCUUAAUAAAAUAACAGUUAACUGGCAAGAUCAAACAAUAACAAUGCAAUCAGGUGUUUUAUGGAAUGAAGUUUACAAUGCUUUAAAUGGAUCUGAAUAUAUUAUGAUUGGUGGUUUAUGUCCAUCAGUAGGUGUUGUAGGUUUUACGUUGGGAGGUGGUUAUAAUUCAAUGUACACACGUUCAUUUGGAUUAGCAACAGAUAAUGUUCUUAAGUUUACUGUAGCUUUGUACAAUGGAAGUAUAGUUACAGCAUCAUCGAAAAUAAAUCCAGAUUUAUAUUGGGCGUUAAGAGGAGGUGGGGGAGGUAAUUUUGGUUAUGUUUUAGAAAUGACACAUAAAAUUCAUCGACUUACUCAAACAUCAUUACCUUAUGGUCAAAUAUCGUUUUUUAAUAUCACUUGGGAAAAUCAAGAUUUGAAAAAAGCUCUCACGAAUUGGCUGACUUUUCUUAAAGAUGUUGCUGAUAUUGAUACUCGCAUUUCUUUUGAUGUUAUUGUAUAUGUUUCAUCUGAACGCCGUUUUGUAAUGAUGUGGGGAACAUUCAAUGGUCCACAAGUAGAACUUCAAUCUUUAUUUAAUCCGUGGUUAUCAAAAAGUCCACAACCAAACUCUUUUAAAAUAUUCAAUUAUACACAAACAGAUAUAACAAGAGAAUUAGGCGCAUUAAUAAAUCCUUUUCCAGUAAGAGAACGACAACAUAUUGUGUCUGCUAUGUCUAUUGAUAUAACAAGUUCUAUGUUAGAUGUUAUUUUGGAGUCUCAACCAAAUUCUACGAUACCAGUUAUAUACGUCAUUGAUAUUAUUUAUCUUAAUAAUGCAAAUAAAGAUAAAAAUACAGCAUGGUCAUUUCCAGAUAUAUCGUUUGAUAUAGCACCUGGAUUUGCAUGGUUUACACCUGAUGGUGAUUAUAUUGCUCGUACUCUAGCAGAAAAUUGGUUACAGAGAUUAUUAAAUGCUGGUGCAACCACUAAAAGUAUUGUUGGAUCAUAUCUAAAUUAUAUUGAUCCUUAUAUGACAGAUUGGCAAUCUAUGUAUUAUCGAAAUAAUUGGAAUCGAUUAAGACAAAUAAAAACGACAUGGGAUCCAACAUGGUACUUUCGUUUUCCACAAGGUAUUCCACCGAUUAUUUAA